GCUCAUCCACAUUCAUAUUUCAGACUGAGAUUUCCGCCGCAUUCGCGAGUUCUGUCUUAAUGAAUGACAUUGGACUAUAAAUUCGAAUUACUUGGAAUGUUUUUAUCACUUUGUUUUCCAUUAAUGAUUUCUUUAGCAACAGCAGAAGCAAAAAAGAAGGAGAGAAAUAUGAAAAAAACAGCAACAGUACCCUUAUCAAUGAGAAGGAAGUGCAAUUUUGAACUUUUCCUUGUUCCUCCAUCCUCAUCGGCGAUAGAUACAUACAGUCAUCAUAACUCUAUGACUGAGGGUUCAGAUGAAAGCCCACAACAUCUUACGAUUUUCUUCGAUGGAAGAGUUUCCGUUUGCGAUAUCACCAAACUUCAGGCUAGAGAAUCUUAAGUCUCGCAAGAGGAGAAAUGAAGGAAAGAAUGACAAGUGAUACUUCGGUGCCGUCACCAGCUACACCAUCAGUUGUGGAAUCUCAGCUGCAAAUAAGUCCUAAUGGUAUUUGUAUGCAGAGAUCUCUGCAACGCUUCCUUGAGAAAAGAAAAAACAGAAUUCAAGCAACUUCUCCUUACUGCAAGCCUUAAAUUCAAUUUUCACAUUUUAUUGGAUCUUAAGAAGAAAGAAAUUGUUUGAAUAUCUGUGAGAAAUUUCAUUGGAUUUUCAGAUGUAAUCGAGUUAAGUUUCUAGUUGUUUACACCAUGGCAAAAUGAAUUAAUUUAAUCACACAGUUUGUAAUUUGUUUUUAAAUCCUUCAAAUUUGAUUACAGCUUUUAACAUU